AUGGACGGAAUGGAUGAACAUGAUCCCGGAGUAUGCAGUGGAAAAGAGCAGCAGCCUAGCUCAGCCAGUUCAGACGAUUUAACGACAGCAGGCCUCUCUUGUGGCACCGCUGAAGGUCUCAUAGACUCUCUCAUGUACCGACUAGCCUGGUUUGCCGCUCCUCUCUCAGAGACGCCGCUACCAAUGAGAAGCGCGGUAGUUAUAUCAGCCGACACUUCAAUUUUGGAAAACUAUGUCAAGGACCUGAAACCCCUGGCUCAUCGAGUUCUUACGAUAUCUACGUCCAAGGAAAUCAAAGACUAUACUGUAGUGAGUACCUUGGCUCAGGACGACGCGGUGGUGAUCUACGCCCCUGCAAAAGCCGAGAAGAACGGGGACGUAGCCAGCAGAAACUUUGCGCGAUACUCUCUAUACGGCUUCGCACGCGCCGCUGCAUCAGAACACUCGGAUACCUGGGGUGGUUUGAUCGACAAUGAAGGAGCAGCUCUUCCUCUAUCUUCCAUCAGAGAUGUGCGCAUGCAAGGCGUAGUUCGCGUACAGAAUGGGGUCCCACAGGUUGCGCGGCUGAGGCAGUUCUCUGCGAGCGAAAAGGCCAAAAAACCCGGGAAAAGUCUUCUACCCCGGCCUGGUGGAACGUACUUAGUCACUGGUAGCUUUGAGAAGCUAGAUCUUGAGGUACUUCAGUUCUUGGUCGAAAGAGGUGCUCAAAGGAUCGUUGUAGUAUCGCGUCACACUCUGCCGCCUCGAAAGGAGUGGCCUUCCGUUUUCGGACCGAUGUCUUCAAUCAUCGAGCGUAUCAAGCUGCUAGAAGAUCGUGGUGCGACAAUACAUGCCCUAGCACUUGACAUUGGCCUUCCGGGAGCAUCAUCUAAAUUGACAAGCGCAAUUGAGCAACUGUCACUCCCUCCAGUGUUAGGGGUUGUUCAUGCUGCCGCCGUACCGGAGCAUGGAUACAUCAAAGACACCACUUCUGACACCUAUGCUACCGUCAUGGCUCCAAAGAUCACAAGGGCUCUGAACCUGCAUGAGACUUUCCCACCAGGGACGCUUGACUUCCUCAUACUCUUCUCAUCGAUCAAUCAGGUCAUUGGAACGCCGGGCCAGUCUGCAAGUGCCGCAUCAAACACCUUUCUCGACGGACUAGCUAUCCAUCGACGGAAACAAUAUUGCAACACUGUCGCUAUACAAUCGACAGCAUGGCGAGCGUCUGUCACGGUUUGGGGUCUCUCCUGCAGUCGCAACUCACAUUUGUAA